AUGGCACUUCGGCUGAGCGCCGAAAACCUGGCGGCCCUUGAGGCCGAGGACCCGGCAGUGGCCUCGCCACUUGCAGCGACACCGCCCACCAGUCCACCAGGCAGCUUCGUCCUGAAGAAGGACCUCGGCAGCUUCAAAGAUGUGGACGUGGAUGCGGAUGUAAGCACGGCGCCCAGCAGUCCACUUCUGAUGGAGGCAAAGACCCCAUCAGCAAUGCCCUGGUGGUGGCGAGUGGUUCCGCAACAGGAGCCGCGCCAGGGCGAGACCGAGCGGGCUCUGGCAGCGCUGCGCGCAGAACCUCGGACGGUGUUGGAGGUGGCUGGAGGUGGAGUGCAGCAUUUGACAAAAUUCAUGAAGCAGCAGCGCCUGGAUGAGCGCCGAUGGUCUGGCGCUGAGGGCUACACCCGGUUUCCUGAGUUUCCUGACGCUUCUAGCUCGAGCAUAAAGGUGGGUUGA